UUACAUUCAUAAUGAAAAAUUACAUUCAUUAAAUAAAAAAAUUACAUUCAUGAAAAAAUAAAUAAAAUAUUUGAGUACUUGAUAAAUAAAAUACUUAAAAAAUUAUAUCACUCAAUAUAAUGAGGUGAUGAGGCCUGCUUUUUAUUUUCAAACCAAAGAUUGGCCGUAGCUAUAUUGUUAUUUGCCAGGGUUUUUACACAAAACCCCACGGCCAAACCCAAUCCGGCGGCACCGAACGGCGAAAACGAUGGUUGUAUUAAGCUCGCAGCAGGUGGUGCAGCUGGCCAAAACCGGCGGCGAUCCCAACUCCGUCACCUCUGUAGCCAUCACUUACAAGGCUCUAUCCGACGUAUCGUGUUUGGGCGAGUUCAAGAACAUUCAAAGGCUCGACCUCAGCUUCAACAGUCUGACUUCCCUUGGGGGAUUGAGGUCAUGUGUGAACCUGAAGUGGUUAUCAGUAGCGAACAACAAGCUUCCGAGUUUGGAAGGGAUUGAAGGCCUGGUUAAACUCACUGUAUUAAAUGCCGGAAAAAACAAGCUCAACUCAAUGGAUGGGCUUCAUUCUCUUGUGAGUUUGCGUGCACUGAUUUUGAAUGAUAAUGAGAUUAGUUCUAUUUGUAAACUUGAUCACAUGAUAGAAUUGAAUACUCUAGUUCUUUCUAGGAAUCCAAUACGAGAAAUUGCUCUGUCUCUAGCCAAAAGAAAUUCAAUCUCAAAAUUGUCUCUUUCUAACUGCCAGCUGCAACUUAUUGGAUCUUCACUCAAAUCAUGCACAGAGUUAAAAGAACUGCGACUUUCUCAUAAUCAGAUUACGACACUUCCAAGUGAGUUGGCUUGUAAUAACAAAUUGCAAAACUUAGAUUUGGGAAACAAUGUGAUCCUGAGGUGGUCUGAUCUCGAGGUUCUCUCUUCACUACUUAGUCUGAAAAAUUUAAAUCUGUGUGGGAACCCCAUUGCUGAAAAGGAGGGCUUGGCAAAAAAGAUUCAGAAACUAUUGCCGAAUGUGUCGAUUUUUAAUGCUAAACCCAUCAACAAAGUUUUGAAGGGAGAACUGGGAAGACCCGACACCUCUCAUGAUGUGGGCAUAGUUCAGAAUGUGGUACCAGUAGAUAUUCCAAGAAAAAAAUCCAGAAAACAUAAUCUUCCAAGUGAAAAUGAAGGGUUCCUUCCUGAAAAUGUUGGGAAUUGCGAAGCAAAAGAAUUGAAGCCUAAAAAGCAGAAGAGAAGCGAAAUGCGGGAGGAAGCAUCUGACGCGAUAAAGGAAUCAAAGAAGAAAAACAAGAAAAGGAAAGAGAAUACCGAGAAAACUUCUGGUCAUGUGAUGCAUCAGCUGGAGAACAGAAAGAAUGCCAAUAAUGAUACUAAGGCUGCGUUUGGCAUUCGGGAGACAUCAGAGCACAAAGAACCUGCAUUUGAUGAUGGAGAAACUCCUUUUGUGAAUCUUCUUAUUGAUGACACAUCAGGUAAUUCCCUCAAUAAUGGCAAUCCCGUAGCUGCUAAAAGUGUUAAUGUAUCUGCAGAAAUAGUUACUAUCACUAAAGAGAAAAAGAAGAAUAAAAAACACACCGUGGGACCCACUUCCCUGCAAUUGUUAUCAGCAGGGGUUGAUGAAGUUGGAUUAGGUGGACCGUCAAUGUGGGAUGAGUAGCAGUAGUUCUGUAGAGAAGGCUUGUUUAUUUCUAUUCUGCAGAUAAUAUUACCCUAAUGGACACCAUUUUGCAAGCUUAUUUAUUAGCAAAAGAUUGUGUAUUAUCUUAAACAUUGGGUUUGCUUUGGGUAGCGGGAUGUGAGAGAGGAAAGAGAAAGAUUUGUGCUCCAUAUAUUGUCAUGGAAUACUUUUGAUCUCUUUCCCCCUCCAUAGAGUGGGGUGGUUUGUUUUCUCAAUAGAGGGGGUGGUUUUAU